ACAGCAACACGGCGAAAGUGUGAAGAAGUUGUCAGGUGCUUGAGGUGCGUUGUGCUUCUCUCCUGUCCGCCGUUUUUUUUUGGACUAAAAUCAAAGGCUCAAUCCUCUUUAAGGGUGACAAAGGUCAGCUGAAGCCAGGAUAAGCCUUAGCUGAGAGGAGAUAACCAGGUAGCAAGAAGCCGGCAUACAUGCGCUACUCCACAGACUGCUGACUAAAUGCAGGAUGGCACAGUGGGGUGCCAUAUUCUCAAUUAUUGUGGCUCUUGCUGGAGCAGCACUUUUGGCUUCCGUGCACAAGAUCGAUGAAGGCCACACUGGAGUUUACUACAGGGGAGGAGCUCUUUUGACCACCACCAGUGGACCUGGUUUCCAUCUUAUGCUUCCAUUCAUCACCACCUACAAGUCUGUUCAGACGACACUGCAGACAGACGAGGUGAAGAAUGUUCCCUGUGGCACGAGUGGAGGAGUGAUGAUCUACUUUGAUCGCAUAGAGGUGGUCAACUACCUUGUUCCUUCAGCAGUGUUUGACAUAGUGAAGAACUUCACUGCGGACUACGACAAAGCCUUGAUAUUCAACAAGGUGCACCACGAACUCAACCAGUUUUGCAGUGUUCACUCUCUGCAGGAGGUCUACAUUGGCCUGUUUGACCAAAUUGAUGAAAACCUCAAAAUAACCUUGCAAGAAGAUCUAACAGGCAUGGCACCUGGUCUCAUCAUACAGGCAGUUCGUGUCACAAAGCCUAACAUCCCAGAGAGCAUCCGCAGGAAUUACGAACUGAUGGAGAGUGAGAAGACAAAACUGCUGAUCUCCCAGCAGACACAGAAGGUUGUGGAGAAAGAGGCAGAGACCGAAAGGAUCAAAGCUGUGAUUGAGGCUGAAAAAGUAGCCGAAGUGGCAGAAAUCAAAUUUGGACAGAAAGUCAUGGAGAAGGAAACUGAGAAAAAGAUCUCUGAAAUUGAGGAUGGGGCUUUUUUGGCACGACAGAAGGCCAGGGCAGAUGCCGAGUUCUACACGGCACAGAGAACUGCGCAGGCCAACAAGAUGAAGCUAACUCCAGAAUACCUGCAGCUCAUGAAGUACAAGGCCAUUGCUGCCAACAGCAAAAUCUACUUUGGGAACGACAUACCCCAUAUGUUCAUGGACUCAGCCGGAACUUCUAUCAAGGCGUCUGCAGCCAUGGACUUUGUGGGCGAGCAGAUUUUGGACAUGGAUUAGACAAGAAGGUACUGGGAGGACUGCACAUGGUUGGUGGACUCAAUGUUGGAGGGUCGUGACACAAAACUAUGCAGGUUUUUUUCCUUCAGCCCAGAAAAGCCCUGCUGACGUGAACCUCAGAACCACUGCUAGAAACUCUCGACAUUGGAAUAAGCAUGUAAAAAGUCAGAAUAUAACCUUUUCAGGGAUGCCUCUUUGUUUGGUACUGGUAGAAGAACAAAAUUUUUGAUUGCAUCAUACGUGAGUUAAACUUCAUCAAGCACAAGCAAGUGAUAAUGCCUUCAAUAUGACAGCAUUCCAAUAGGGAGUGGUGCCCCAAGGGUAGAAGUACAGUAUGUGUUUAGACCAACAAGCAUUUGUUUCUUUCAUCAGGCCCUUAAAUGAGAACUACACUUUUAUCGGAAUUUUUGCCGAAUGGUCACAAUCAGCAUGAGCGACAAGAACACACG